CUCAGUAUGAGCACACUAGCAGUGUACAGGAACAUCUACACGGAAGAACAGUUUCAAAAGAUUUAUGGCUCAGCUAAGGACCUGGAGAGACCUUCUCUAAGAGACAGGAUAACAAGGAACUGUAGAUGCUCCCGGCAGGUGCUUCAUGAUUGCUUAAAAAAAAGGGUACCCAUUGUGGGCUGGCUACCUAGGUACAAGUUGAAGAAAUGGCUGCUGGGAGAUCUCAUUGCUGGCUUAACAGUGGGCAUUGUCCACAUCCCACAAGGCAUGGCCUUUGCACUUUUGACUUCAGUGGCUCCUAUUUAUGGUCUCUAUACAUCAUUCUUUCCAGUUGUACUUUACAUGCUCCUUGGAACAGGACGUCAUGUUUCCACAGGUACUUUUGCUGUAGUAAGCCUAAUGACUGGUUCAGUGGUUGGGCGUCUAGUCCAGUACCCCUUGGAGAGGAACCUUACUAGUGAAGAACUUACAGAUAUAGAUGCUCAGCGUAUAGGAAUAGCAGCUGCAAUGGCUUUCCUUGUAGGACUUAUUAUGGUGAUCAUGUUUGUGCUGCAACUCGGCUUUCUCUCCACGUACCUUUCGGAGCCAAUAGUGAAAGCUUUCACCAACGCUGCUGCUUUUCAUGUUACCAUUUCCCAGAUUCAGAAUAUGCUGGGGAUUCCACUUCCAAGGUUCACUGGAUCUUUUACCCUCUUCAAGACACUAGCAUCGGUUUUUAAGGGGUUGCCCAUGACAAACGUGGCAGAACUAGUGAUCUCCAUCCUGUGUUUGGGAGUUCUUAUUCCUAUUAAGGAGCUAAACACACGCUACCGCACCAAGCUAAGGACUCCGAUUCCAGGAGAAAUUGUCAUGGUUCUGGUGGCAACAGGAAUUACUUUUGCUUCAUCUCUGAAUAACCGUUAUGAUGUACAGAUAGUUGGGAGCCUUCCUGCUGGUUUUCCAAAGCCAAAGCUCCCAGCUUUAGAGGUCAUACCCGAUGUGAUUGGUGACACUAUAGCCAUUACUUUUGUAGGCUAUGCUGUGUCUGUGUCACUUGCUAUGAUUUAUGCAGAAAAGCAUCGAUACACCAUUGAUCCAAACCAGGAGCUUUUGGCGCAUGGGAUUUCCAACAUGGUCUCCUCUUUAUUCAAUUGUUUUCCCAGUUCAGCCACUUUGGCUACAACUAACAUCCUAGAGAGUGCCGGAGGACACACCCAGCUUUCUGGAUUCUUUACCAGCUGUGUUGUUCUGGUUGUCCUGAUGUGGGUCGGACCUCUUUUUUACCAUUUGCCAAAGGCAGUUCUUGCAUGUAUAAAUGUGGUGAGUCUCCGACAGAUGUUCCUUCAGUUUCAGGACUUGCCAGAGCUCUGGAAAAUCAGCAAGACUGAUUUUUCGGUCUGGGUAGUGACUUGGUUGGCAGUCAUCAUUCUUAACGUAGAUGUGGGCCUUGCUGUGGGGGUGGUGUUUUCUAUGAUGACAGUAAUCUGCAGAACACAGAGGGCACAAUGUUCAGUUUUGGGAAGAGCUGUCAAUACAGAGAUAUACAGACCUGUUGAGCAAAGCAAUAAGUGCUUUGAAAUCCCAGGGCUGAAGAUAUUGUCAUACAACUCCCCCAUUUACUAUGGGAAUAGAGACAUAUUCAAAGAAACCAUGAGCAAAAUUGUGGGUUUGACUCAGGAAAAGAUACGAAAGAGAGAAAAAGCUUUGAGAGCCUUGGAACAAGGCAGGAAGAUGAGCAUCACAGUUGUGGAUACCGGGAUAGCCAAUCCGGUUUAUCAUUCAGAUGGAGACAGCGUGAAACCUGCAGCAGAAACAGAAAUCAAAUCACUUAUUAUCGACUGCAGCGGAAUUAUAUUCAUCGACAUAGCUGGAGCCCGUCUGUUUAUACAGAUGUGUAUUGAGUGUCAAAAGGCCGGCAUGCGCCUACUGCUCGCUGGGUGCAAUGAGAAAGUAUUAAGUACACUGAUAUGCAGUGGGAUCAUGGAUCAUCUAUGUGAGCAGCAGAUGUUUGUGACAGUGCACGAUGCAGCAAGUUACGCUGAACAAAACAUGGAUGGCUUUGGUAUGAGAAGUUCUGUGGUGUGGGUGUAAGAACAAUAUGCGCCAUUCAGCAGAUGAGCUGAAGUAAGAUUUUACACUAGAAAACAAGUGGGACUGUCAAGUGAGGAACAAAUAGCUCCUGUGUACCGAUGGAGUUAAAGACUCUAGGAUGUUUGCCUAUUCUGAAGAGAUAUAUGUGAUGUAAUAAAUUGAAACUGGUUACUGCAAACUCAUUAAGUCAUAUUUGCAUAAGAAAAGAUUACACCCUUGAGCGAAGGCAAAUCUUACACAACUAUUAAAGGGAGAUUACAGGGUAAUUUCUUCUUUAUUUCAAGUAGAGGAGAACAUUUUAAAAUAUAUUAUUUUUUUGUUGUUUUUUUAUAAUGGCUAUUCCACUUUUGAAUAAACUAAUGGUUUCUUGUUAUACUUGCAGAGGUGCGUCCCUCUCCACCAAUAAAGCUAUGGGAUUUGUGCUUAUUAGCCAAUGAGGAUGAGUAGGAAGUAUAACUAAAUACUGCAGUAUUAGUUUAAAAAAAAAAGGACACAAAAAAGUAAAUGUUUGUGCAUUGCUAAAGAUCUGCAUGCCAAAUUGUUUCAAAUCAUUUUUAACUGUCAUUUAAAAAAAAAAAAAAAGUGUGUUUUGAAAGCCUAGGACAAAACUCUUGAAAAGCAUCUUGAAUAUGUUAUAUUAUGUUGGGACCAUUUAGGGACAGCUAUAAAACAGCACCUACACAUAUCAACCAAUCAUUGUGCAGCAUCUAGGAGUGUCAGGGAUAUGCAUUCAGAUGAAAAUGCUACAAUGUUCAGUGUUAAAUUAUUGGAAAAGCAGGCAAAAUAGAUAAUGAAAGUACAUUGCAUAAUUAAACAUUUUAAGAGGACUGAUAUUUUGAUUUUAAUAUUGAUUUAAAUUUCAACAGGUUAAAACUAUUUAUUGACAUGUUUGAAUACUGCUAUUUUAUCUGCAUGAUAUCAUGUGUUUAUUUUGAUUACAAUGUCCCACACAUAUGCACCCUAUCAUUGUCCUGUAACACAAAUGACAUUUUGCUUGUAUGUCAUGGCAGGCUGAUUAUAUCAGAUAGGUAUGUGCUUUUUAUUGCUCAUGUAUGUAAAUAAUAAUUUGCUUGAAUGGAUGCAAAAUAUUUUUGUUUCAAUGUUCGAAAUCAAAACUAAUUACCUGCUACAAAGAUGAAGUUAUAAUUGCAAAAUACUCCACUUAUAGUUACCAAUAAUGUAUACACAAUAAAUGUGAUUAAUUGUGAUUUUAUAAAAACCUUAUUAUUAUUGCUAAUAAAUGAAUAAAUAAAUAAAUAUUUUUAAAUGUG